CAGACAAGCUAGCUCCGCGACAGUUUUUUUUUUUUUAUACAAAAUAAGCUGCUCGUUUGUGAACUGUCCAUUUGUUUCACUGUUAGAUUUAACUCCAGAGUUUGAAGUAAUGCGCAAGAGAGAUAUUGAUAAUGUGGUCUGUCCCCAGUAGCAUCAGUUCUCUUUAGUGUUUGCCAAUGUUGGAGGUGUAGCAGGGGUCUGGCCCUGGACUAAGAUAUAGAGCAUGGCUCAAGUGAAAGUGCAGACUGCAGCCCCCUUGACUGGGCCUGGCCUGUCCCCAGUGGUGCCCAUAGCGGCCAUGCCCAGCACAGGAGCCCUGAGUCUGCAGCCGCCCCCCUCCAUCAACGGCACAGUGCCAGCCCCAACGCCCGCCUGCCCCAGCCCAGCCGCUGGCUUUGUGGAUUCUACUGUGUCGGCAAAUCCACCAGGUCCUCCCCAGGAUAACAUGGCAAACCCCAAAGAGAAAACUCCUAUGUGUCUGGUGAAUGAGUUAGCCCGUUUCAACAGGAUCCAACCACAGUACAAGCUCCUGAACGAGCGGGGCCCUGCACAUGCCAAGAUCUUCACUGUGCAGCUGACACUGGGGGAGCAGGUGUGGGAGGCCGAGGGAACCAGCAUCAAGAAGGCCCAGCACUGCACAGCCUCUAAAUCCCUGAUCGAGAGCACCCUGCCUCGGCCCCCACCCCGCUCCCCCAAAAUGGAUACCAAUAGUAACCCGGAAUCUGACCAAGGCGACCUUGUUGGAACCAGAGUGUGGCGUCUCGCAGGCAGCAUCACCCCCACUGUUGAGCUCAACGGCCUGGCCAUGAAGAGAGGAGAGCCUGCCAUCUACAGACCUCUGGACCCCAAGCCCAUGCCCAACUACAGAGCCAACUACAACUUCAGAGGAAUGUUCAACCAGAGGUACCAUUACCCAGUGCCUAAGGUGUUUUAUGUGCAGCUGACAGUGGGAAACAACGAGUUCAUCGGCGAGGGACGGACCCGCCAGGCGGCCAGACACAACGCAGCCAUGAAGGCCUUGCAGGCCCUCAGGAACCAACCCAUCCCAGAGAGACCACCACAAUGUCCCGAGGAAAAGAGUGAUGCAGAGGAGAACAGCGACGCCAGUAAGUCGGAGAUCAGCCUGGUCUACGAGAUUGCGCUUAAGAGGAACAUGCCAGUCAACUUCGAGGUUCUGAAAGAAAGCGGCCCCCCGCAUAUGAAGAGCUUCCUGACGCGGGUGAUGGUUGGCGAGUUCUCCUGCGAGGGAGAGGGCAACAGCAAGAAGCUCUCCAAGAAGCGGGCGGCCCUCUCCAUCCUCCAGGAGCUGAAGAAACUGCCAUUCAUGCCCGUCAUAGAGAAGCCCAAGCUACACUACAAGAAACGGCCCAAGACCAUACUGAAGACGGGGCCUGAGUAUGGUCAGGGGAUGAACCCAAUCAGCCGCCUGGCGCAGAUCCAGCAGGCCAAGAAGGAGAAGGAGCCGGAGUACGCGCUGCUGUCGGAGAGAGGGAUGCCACGCCGCCGAGAGUUCAUCAUGCAGGUGAAAGUAGGAGGGGAGCUAGCCACAGGGACGGGACCCAAUAAGAAGGUGGCCAAGAGGAACGCGGCAGAAGCCAUGCUGCUCCAGCUGGGCUACAAGGCGUCCACUCCACUACCUACCUCCCCAGACAAGAUGGACAACAAAGGCUGGAACGGACAAAGGGCGUCUUUCCCUGAAGCCACGAAUAACACACAAAAGGGAAUCCUCCACCUCUCCCCGGACGUGUACCAGGAGAUGGAGGCCAGCCGGAACAAGGGCAGUCCCGGCGGCCCCCCGCCCGUCUCAUACUUGGGCCCCAGCACCAAGGAACCGUACUACGUCGGGCCGGGCAGCACAGCGGCCAUCGCCCGAGAGCUGCUGCUGAACGGCUCGUCCCCCACGGCCGAGGCGCUGGGGCCAAAGGGCAAGGCACCUGCUCUGGCCCCGACCCCAGCCACGUCUGUGUCCGUUCAGCCCGCCCAGCAGCUGGAGUACUUGGCCCGCAUUCAGGGCUUCCAGGUACAAUACAGUGAUGGGCAAACCGGCAAGGAGUUCAUGACCUACCUUACGCUCUCCCCUGUGCAGAUGACUUUCCACGGCAUCGGGAGCUCAAUCCAAGCUAGCCACGACCAGGCUGCUCUAAGUGCCUUGAAACAGCUGUCGGAACAGGGACUGGACCCAGUGGAAGGACCAAUCAAGGUAGAAAAUGGAUCAUUUGAAGUGUGUGUACAAGCUGAGCUACAAGUGAAACAUCUGGCCGAGAGGACGGACACUAAACAGACUAACUCAGGCACCACCACUCAGGACUGCAUGGAUUCAAAGGCCGUCGUCUAGGAGAUGACCCCUCAACCCACCCACCUACCCACCCCCAAAAGCGCCCCUAUACCUCCCUAACCUGCCCCUGACCCCCCCCCCCCCGCUCACGAUGGCCACAGCAUCCUUCCAACCGUGUCAACAUGCAAUUGGGUGGAUGAGUUCUGGGAAUCGCCAUGACUACGAAGCAUUAACCGAGUCUUAUGUGAAGACAACACUAUCCUAACACGUAUACGGAGACAUUUUUAGCAACACUUGCAUUUACGAGAAAAAGCGAUCACGAAACAAACAAAACGAAAAGUCGAAAAAAGACAGAAUGAAAGAAACAAACAGAAAAAAAAUGAACCAGUAAGCAAAUGUGUAAUAAUGAAAUCAAUCGAUGAACGGAAUGCAUGGUACCGAUCAAGGGAAAUUUCAGUGACUAUACUCUCGAGAAUUUCCCCGUUUUGAUAGAUGUUUUUUUUUUUUUUCUUUUCUCUUUCUUUUAAAAACCUAGUCAGCAAGUGGUUUGUACAAAACGAUGCAACCAUCAUGCCAGAGUUAAGAAUGGAAUGUCAUGACAGAAAUACAAAGUUGUGGGCAGUAGCAGAUUUCUUUUUUUGAACGUAUAUUGUUUUUUUUUUUUUUUUUUUUUUUCUUAAUCUAUGAAAUAACAGUGCUUGACUAUUUAAAAAUUAACCAAUGCCAGUGCUGUGAGCGUUGUAGUUGUUGUCUUCAUAUAUAGUCACCCAGCUUAACCUUUUAUGCUGACAUAAAGCAUUCAUCUAUCUAUAUGGAUGUGUUUGACUUUGCAGAUUAACACUAAAGAAGAGUUUCAUGUUAUCAAAACAGAAAUAAACUGGUCGUAGAGUUAAUCAGUCCUCAGCAACUCGAGUGGAGUUGUCCCCCAAGCCAAGCGGACUUGUGUUGGCUUUCCGAGUACUGCUCUGCCCUUUUAAUAAUUUCAUUUGUUGGAAUAGAAUUACUGUAGAAGUCUCAGUGCACAAAGUCUGGUGGGCAUUCAUUCUAAACCGCGGGCCAAAAGAGAUCCCUCGUCAUGGAAACAAGGAGACCGUGUGUGAAUACGAGAACAGUAUUGGACAAAAAAAAAAAAAAAAAAAAAAAACCUCUCAGCUGAUCUAGUAAUUCUAUUUCAUGGCUAUGUCUUGCUCCCUACAGUUUUGUUAAACACAUGUACACCCAUUUUGUGUGUUGUAUCUAAGGCAUCAACUGAGUGCUUUUAAUGACUGCAUUCUGAGGCCACCCUCGUGAGAAGACACACGGCCGUCUAGUAGAGCGCUGUUUCUCCUUUCAGCUCAAAAGACGUCAUCGAAAAACAAAGACUACAACUUGAAGGAUUUUCAAAUCCAAGAAGGAUGUAUCUCUGUGAACACACACUAUGAUGGCAGAAAUGUGUCAGAGAAAAUGUUACUGAAAUGCAGUAAAAUCACAUCAGUUCAUGUUGA